AUGCCACAGUGGGUAGCACGUCUACCGAAUGAUGUCGGAUAUGCAGCUGGAGGAUCUCUUACAGCAGAUGAAUGGAAAGGUAUGGCAUUGAAUUACUGCCCAAUAAUUGUUCCUCUCAUAUGGGACGAAUGGCAGCCCUCCGCUGAAGCAACAUACGAGAAGCGCAUGAAGAAGUGGCAAGCUGACGACACCGCCCGCCUACGAUGCAUUUCGAAGGGCAAACGCAGGGCGGAUGGCACUAAAGAGCCCCGAGCCCCAAAGCCUGAACGUCGUAUGCACCCUGAAGAUGCUGACAACUUCUUGUCUCUUGCAGCGGCUCUUAAGGUGAUUAUGGGACGCAGCGUGAAUGUUACUGAAUUGCCGCGUGCUUGUAAACUCUUACAAGACUAUCUAAUCAACUUCUUGAAAGUACGGCUUAUCUAUAAUUUGGGAUGA